GGCCGCGGGGCGCCAGCCCGGGGGGUUCGUGCGGCCCCUCCGCUCGCCCUGCCGGCCGGCCGGGCCCCGCUCCCCAUGGGAUAAGCUGUAAACAUGUUCAGCUUUGAAGGCGAUUUCAAAACAAGGCCCAAGGUGUCCCUCGGAGGAGCGAGCAGGAAGGAAGAAAAGGCUUCUCUCCUUCAUCGUACUCAGGAAGAAAGGAGAAAACGAGAGGAAGAAAGGCGGAGGCUGAAAAAUGCAAUAAUAAUCCAGUCAUUUGUAAGAGGGUACAGAGACAGAAAACAUCAAUACUCUAUCCAAAGAAGUGAAUUUGAUCGUUGUGCUAAUUUGGCUCAGUCUGGAGGAACCUUUUCCACUGCUAAUGGAGCGAAUUUGACCCUUCUGGUUCGCCAGUUACUCUUUUUCUAUAGACAGAAUGAGGAUUCAAAGCGUUUGGUAUGGAUGUGUCAGAAUUUAAUUAAACAGAGUUCUCAGUUUGUUAAGCAAUUGGAUGGUCCAGACAGACUUACUUGCUUAUUCCAAAUAAAAAGACUGUUGGGGCUGUGUUGCAGGCUACUGCAGAAUUGCAAUGAUGACAGUCUGAAUGUUGCACUUCCUAUGAGAAUGCUUGAGGUAUUUUCAUCUGAGAAUACGUAUUUGCCUGUUUUACAAGAUGUCAGCUUUGUGACAUCAUUAAUUGAACAAAUUUUGCACUACAUGGUUCAAAAAGGUUACUACAAGUCGCUUUAUUUGUUAAUUAACAAUAAGCUUCCCUCGAGUAUUGAGUAUUCUGAUGUUUCUCGUGUCCCUAUUGCAAAAAUACUUCUGGAGAAUGUUCUGAAGCCAUUGCACUUUACAUAUAGCUCCUGUCCAGAAGGUGCAAGGCAGCAGAUUUUUGCAGCCUUCACAGAGGAGUUUCUGGCAGCACCUUUUACAGAUCAGAUAUUCCAUUUCAUCAUUCCAGCGCUUGCUGAUGUGCAGACCAUUUUCCCUUAUGAACUCUUUCUGAAUGCACUAUUAUUAGCAGAAAGUGGAUGUUCAAGAAGAAGUGAUCAAGCCCCAUGGCUCUUCUACUUUGUGUUAACAGUUGGAAAAACAUAUUUGGGAUCCCUUUCAGAGGAAGGACUUCUUGUGUAUUUGAGGGUACUCCAGACUUUUCUCUCUCAGCUGCCUGUGUCUGCUGCUGGUACAAAGUGUCAAGAUGAAAACAGUGAUUCUGAAGAUGAGGAUGAGGAGAUCAGUAAAAUGACAACUACACCAGGUGAUGGGAGAAUAUCAGUCCAGUACAUAACUGAGGAGUGCCUCAAGAAAUUGGACACAAAACAGCAGACAAACACUCUACUAAGCAUGGUUUGGAGAGAUUCAGCCAGUGAAGAGGUCUUUACCCUGAUGGCAUCAAUUUGCCACACACUAAUGGUACAACACCGAAUGAUGGUGCCAAAAGUCAGGCUCCUUUAUAGUUUAGCCUUUAAUGCCAGAUUCCUGAGGCAUCUUUGGUAUUUGAUAUCUUCAAUGACUACACGGAUGAUUACAGGGUCUAUGGUGCCACUCCUUCAAGUGAUUUCAAGAGGCUCUCCAAUGUCUUUAGAGGACUCUAGCCGAAUUAUCCCUCUCUUCUACCUUUUCAGUUCUUUGUUUAGUCACUCACUUAUUUCUAUUCAUGAUAAUGAAUUCUUUGGUGACCCAAUAGAAGUUGUAGGUCAAAGACAAUCAUCAAUGAUGCCUUUUACACUAGAAGAGCUUGUAAUACUCUCCCGCUGCCUUCGAGAUGCAUGUCUAGGAAUCAUAAAGUUGGCUUACCCAGAAACCAAACCAGAGGUCCGUGAGGAAUAUAUUGCAGCAUUUCAAAGUGUUGGAGUAACAAAAAACACAGAAAUGCAGCAAUGUAUACAGACAGAACAGAAAAGGUGGAUUCAGUUAUUCAAGGUCAUCACAAACUUGGUGAAAAUGUUGAAAUCUAGGGAUACAAGGAGAAAUUUCUGUCCACCAAAUCACUGGCUCUCAGAACAAGAAAACAUUAAAGCAGAUAAGGUCACACAGCUGUAUGUGCCAUCAGCCAGACACGUCUGGAGAGUCAGGAGGAUGGGGAGAAUAGGACCACUGCAGUCUACUUUGGAUGUGGGUUUGGAACCAGCACCUCUUUCUGUAUCUGAAGAACGACAGCUUGCAAUUCUGACAGAGCUACCUUUUGUAGUUCCUUUUGAAGAAAGAGUAAAGAUUUUUCAAAGACUGAUCUAUGCUGAUAAGCAAGAAGUUCAAGGAGAUGGCCCAUUUUUGGAUGGAAUUAAUGUCACUAUCAGAAGAAAUUAUAUUUAUGAAGAUGCUUAUGAUAAACUUUCUCAUGAGAAUGAACCUGACCUAAAAAAGCGCAUUCGUGUUCACUUGCUUAAUGCACACGGUCUUGAUGAAGCUGGUAUUGAUGGUGGUGGAAUUUUCAGAGAAUUUCUGAAUGAACUCCUCAAAUCAGGAUUUAACCCUAAUCAGGGUUUUUUUAAGACCACCAAUGAGGGUCUGCUUUACCCUAACCCUGCUGCACAGAUGCUCGUUGGAGACUCGUUCGCCCGACAUUAUUACUUCCUUGGGAGAAUGCUUGGAAAGGCUCUUUAUGAAAAUAUGCUGGUGGAGCUGCCAUUUGCUAGCUUUUUCCUCUCAAAAUUAUUAGGGACAAGUGCUGAUGUUGACAUUCAUCACUUAGCUUCACUAGAUCCAGAAAUGUACAAAAAUUUGCUUUUUCUAAAGAGCUAUGAAGGGGACGUGGAAGAACUUGGACUAAACUUCACCGUGGUCAAUAAUGACCUUGGGGAAGCGCAGGUGGUUGAGCUGAAGCCGGGUGGAAAGGACAUUCCCGUCACCAGCGCCAACCGGAUCGCGUACAUCCAUCUGGUGGCAGACUACCGGCUGAACAAACAGAUCCGCCACCACUGCCUGGCCUUCCGCCAGGGGCUGGCCAACGUGGUGAACCUCGAGUGGCUUCGGAUGUUUGAUCAGCAGGAAAUACAGGUUCUGACUUCUGGUGCACAAGUUCCUAUCAGUUUGGAUGACCUUAAGUCUUUCACAAACUAUUCAGGUGGCUACACAGCAGACCAUCCUGUAAUUAAAAUAUUUUGGAGGGUUGUAGAAAGCUUCACUGAUGAAGAGAAACGCAAACUCCUGAAAUUUGUGACGAGCUGUUCUCGACCACCUCUUCUGGGGUUUAAAGAGUUAUAUCCUGCAUUUUGCAUUCACAACGGAGGAUCUGAUUUAGACAGGCUGCCUACUGCCAGUACCUGCAUGAACUUGCUGAAGCUUCCUGAGUUUUAUGAUGAGAACCUGAUGCGAAGCAAGCUCCUCUAUGCCAUUGAAUGUGCUGCUGGAUUUGAGCUCAGCUGAGUCCAACCCGUGCUUAUCCGGAUGAUCUGCAGAAGAACGAACCAGUGCCUACUCUAUAAGCAGCACCUGUACCCAAGCAGUUUUAAGGGAAUUCUGUCUACGUUUCUGCAGCUCUUGUGUCUUACCAAAUGCCCUCAAAUAGGUUUCAUUUCUAAACACGAUUUCUUAGUUAGCUUCCAUUACUGAAUAUUGCAUUGACACUGCUUUAUGUCUCAAAACAAUGAAUGCUGUGUGCAGUGUGGCUGAUUUCUGUGUUAAUGUGAAGAAAGAGCACAUUUAAAGAACAGUGACAUCUCAGUGAAAUUAACCAAAGAUGAAGCUUUGGCUUUGUGCUGUUCAAACAUUAAUAAUUUUGCAAACUGGCAAUAAAGUUGUGUACUGUGCGGUGCAUUGGGACGAGACAGGGCUAACAUCCUGUAAUUAAUCUUUUAAAAGGAAGGCAAGCAGAUGUUUGCAGAUAUCCCAGAACUGAGAGGAUGAAAAUGCUCAUUUCUGACAACCUGACAACUUACAUUGUGGAGUUGUUUACAAAUCAUAGAGAGAUGGGCAAUCCCCAAUCAUACUAAAUUUAACCAGGGCAAGUGCUGGGUUCUACACUUGGGACAGGGCAGUCCUGGUUGAUGGCAAGUGGAACACCAACCAGCAGUGCUCUGGCAGCCAGGAGGGCCAGCCCUGUCCUGGGGACAUCAGGCCCAGCAUGGCCAGCUGGGCAAGGGAGGGGAUUGUCCCCUCCGCUGUGCACUGGGGCAGCCUCACCUCGAGUGCUGGGGGCAUAUUUUGGUGCCACAAUAUAAAGAAGACUUUGAGCCAUUAGAGAGCAUCCAGAGGAGGCUGUGAGGGUGGUGAAGGGUUUGGUAAAAAGAUACUGUUAAUGACAAUAAAGUGCAAAAAGUAAAAAAGGCCUGGAGGAGACCUCACUGCAGUAACAGCUUCUCGUGAGGGGAAGAGGAGAGGCAGGCACUGAUCUCUGCUCUCUGGUGACAGUGAUGAGACCUGAGAAAACAGCAUGGAACUGGAUCUGUGGAAGGUUCAGGUUGGGUAUCAUGAAAUGGUUUCCUCACCCAGAGAGUGGCUGGGCACUGAACAGGCUCCCCAGGGCAGUGGUUGCAGCCCUAAGUCUGCCAUAGUUCAAUAAGUGUUGGAACAAUGCUCUCAGACACUUGUUGUGACUCUUGGGGUGUCCUGUGCAGGACCAGGAGUUGGACUGGAUGAUCCUGAUCAACCCCUUCCAACUCAGCAUAGUCCAUGAUUCUAGGAUAGUUGUUGCAGAACUGAUUUUGUUUCAUAUUGCCUUCCCUCAAGAUGAUAGACACUGAGAUAAAAUAUAAAAUGGGUGUAAUAUUCCAUUUGUACUUUCUGAAACACUUGGAAGAAAACAGAUUUGCAUUAUUUUAAGUUCAACCUUUGCUGCAUCAUUAUCACUUGGACACUGUUCUGAAUGGAUGUGACUUUCCAGGUUUUCUCUGUCCUGUUUCUGUCUUUUGUGCCUGUACAGGUUUGUUGAUUGGUUGGUUGGGUUUAAAUGAAUCAGUCUCCUAUUGCAUACAGUACAUAUAGAAGUCACCACUUUGGAAAAAUAUACAUGUAAUAAUUAUUAAAGUUAUUUGAACCAAAGUUAUCAGGCUUUAUCUUUUAUAUUUGAAGCCUGUGGUGUUCACAUUCCUUUUCCCUAUUAUUUCUUCCCAUCUUAAAUGCCGUAUGUGUGCCGUAGACACUAAACAAAUUAACUUUUUUUUGUGAUUAAACAGCUUUUAUAUCCAUUUCCCUGCAGUAUUUCUGCCGAGAAAAGUAAGUGGGAAUAUGCUGCUUAAUAUAAUUUGAUAUCUGGGUAAAAAAUUGCUCUCAUAUGGAAGGAGCUGAUCCUCCAAUAGUAGGCACGUCGUAGGGUUUCGUAUGCAAACUCCAGUGAGUUUAGAAAAGGAAUUAUAGUUCAGACUGUAAGAUUCAUCAGUCCAUCCCUCUGAACUUCACUUUUAUAUUUUAAAUCAUCCAAAAUUACAAUCAAAUUUGUAUUCAUCUCUUAUGCAAAAAAAAUAUUUUGCUGUUACUGGAAACUCUGCUGGAUUUCCUAUUUAAUAAGCAGUAACCAGCAAUAUCCUUUUAAAUGUGGGGAAAUUGAGUGGUUUUAAGAUGUUUACUAGUAACCAUAUAAAAAUGUAUAAUUUCUUAAUUUGGGUAAUAAAUGAAGUGUUAAGAUACUAUUUGUAGUCUUGAUGUACAGAAAUAAAAUGAUUGGUUUUCUUUUUGGUUUUGCUUUAGGCUUUUUAUUUAUGUUAAAUGUUACAUGCUCAACCUAUUGUUUAUCCCAAAUUCUUUUCUUGUAUAUUUUUCUACAUAAAUUAUGAAACUUGUAAAGAAGUUGAAGAGAUCAGUAAUAGUGAAACUGCCUCCUCCUAAUUGCAAAACCUGAAGACUUCUUUUAGAUAGCAUUAUUUAUUUUAGAACCUAAUGCUUUAAAUAUUUUGAAAUUAUUUUUCAAUUCCAUUAUUAUGCUACAUUGAGUAGUGUUGUAUCUGUAUUUUGUAAAAUUAAAUUAAAUUUUUCUAUUAAAUAUUUGUAUUUUGAAGAUUGUGUUGGAGUCAUGCCAAGUACUGGUGACUGGUACUGCCCACUUUGUGCUUUUGAAAAGGAGCCAGUGCCCACUAUUGCUGUCUGUGGCAGGAGAGCAGAGGGUGCCACAGGGAGGGUAGGCUGGGGGAAGUGUGACUUGCACAGAGCUGCAAUUGCAGCAAUCACAGAGCUCCAGAAACCUUCAGGAGAGAACGUGAGUUUGCUGGCGGUGCUCUGAUGUUUCAUUUCUUCGUUCUGCAGCGCUCGGUGGUGUUUGUGUAUCCUGUCCCUGGAGUGUGACACUGGCACAGGCACAGAGCAGUUGUGUUUCACUGCACAGGCUGCAGGUCUGUGCAGCUUCCCCACCUUCAGAAUCCAGGCUGCAGUGAGAGGAGUGGGGCUUGCCUUUGGCAGCCCGUGCUUCCAGCUCUGCCAGCUGUUUCCAGACUGGCAGGAUGAAGCAUGAAUUCCUGCUUUUCAAUGACCUGUUGCUGGAUAUUUUAAAGAACAGGAGAUGAAGGUGUGAGAAGUAACAGUAAUGUCCUGAGGAGCAGGGGGGGUCAAAAUGAUCUCUUGUACCUCUUAUGUAGCAAGAAUUGUUUCUAUAUGACACUGGAUUUUCUGGAUUUUAGAGGAAGAGCAAACCGGUGGUGAUGCUCCCAGGGCUGAGGUAGGCACAGGCAGGAGCACUCUGCAUACAAGCAAGCUGAAAUUUUAUUGUAAAUUUGAUAAUCAGAAUUACAGCAGUAAUAAUUAUGAGUUUGGGGUUGGUUUCUGUACAAGAUAACCUUUCCAUAAUGUAAGUUUCUGUACUACAGUGUUUCUUCCUCCUAGUUCAUUAUUUGCUUUUUGAAAAAGCAAGCAUUUUCUGAUUGGUUUUUGUUUUCAAGUAGGUUUGGGUUUGUAAUUUUGUAACCUGUUCUACAAACAUUUUUGUCAAGGUCUGUAUGAUGGAAGAGUUCACAAAUUUUUCAUCUCUACAAAGUUCAAAGGUGUUAAAAGUGGAAUAAAGACAUAAAAUUAGCA